AUGAUGGAUGUAAGUGGUACUGAUCCACGGACAAGAACUGGAUUAUUUCUGUGGCCAUGGGCAAGUUAUCCUGCUGUUGCAGCGAAUGCUGCAGUUGGGGCACAUGCACAACCAAUUAUGAUGGGUGCAAGUGCUGGAGCAAUGAGCGCUGUACCUGGUUCCAAUAUGUUAAGUGUAUCAUACACAGGUUCCGGAUCUGCUACAAUACCUGGUAUGAUUGAAGAUCCUUUUGAAAGUUUUUGUCAACGAUUCUCUUAUUCUGGUGCUCACGCAGCGCACAUGUCACAUAUACUUCCGCAUCAACAUGUUGGCUUAAAUGAAGCACGCCAUAUAACGCAAGAUCAUGAAACAGGUGAUAAUAAUGAUGGUAACCGUCAUCCGAAUCAUUCUCCAUCAAUAAAUCACACACGUGCACACAUUACAUCACAUCGUUUACUUUCUGUACCAGCUCGUGGUAAUGUUAACCAUCUACAUCAAGACACUACCAACUCAAAUGGAUUAAAUGAUCAGUUAAAUGAUCCCAGUAAUAAUAAUAAUGAUCCAACAGCUGGUUCAAAUAGUCACGCUGCAGCAAUCGCUGCUUUUGCAUCGGCUGCAGCUAAUUCAGCUAUAAUGGGUGCAAAUGAUUCUACACUUGGCAAUCCUAAUGGCUUAUCUUUAUCACACGGUAUACAAGUCCCACGUCAUGUACAGUCUAGUUUAAGAAAUUCCAAUACAAAUGAUAUGGUUUUAGAUAAUUUAUGCAAUGGUUUCGCUAAGCCAAGUCAUUUUUCGACUCAACUACAAUCAAGUGUAACAAAUGCUUUAAAUAGGCAGCAAUCAGCGAUCACAUCGAUGAAUUGUAAUAAGCUACAAACUGAUACAAUAACUCCGUAUAACUUACACUGUCAUCAUUUGAAAAAUUUGGGUAAUCCAGCGGCUGUUGCUUUAGCUGCUGCCGCUGUAGUUGGUGGGAGCAGUGGUGCCAAUGGUGGUGGCAGCUGUGGUGGUACUAUCGAUCACUCACAAUUUCAAGCAACACUGAACAAUGAAAUACGAGAUAAUUCAACACCUACAAGCAGUAAACAUUUGGAUGAGCAAAAUUCAGCUAAUACUAAUAAUAAUAAUAGUAACAAUACAAGAAGAUCAAAUUCAAACAACGAUAAUUAUUCAAUUUCUCAUGGACAACAACAACAAUUUAUAUUUUCACCGAAAAGUCCUCUUUCAGAUUCAUUAGAAAAUCCGAAUACAAAUGAAUCGAAUACAGGCAUUGAUCAUACAAAUAAAACAAGCCGUGGCAAUACCAAUUUAUUGAAUAAAAGCAACAAUCGAUUAUUGUCUGGACCACAACAAGAUCGAAUUAACAAUUUAAUUUUCAGAAAUUCAACUCUAAGAGCUGCAGAAUGUUCACCAGAGUCCACAAAUACAAUCGCAGCAGAUCGACGUUCAUCAGAUAUGGUCAUGGAUGAUGCAUUAACCAGUCAAAGAGAAGAUAACAGUGCAAAUAAUAGUAAUACUACAAAUAACAAUAAUGGUAACAAUGGUAAUGUGCGCGUAGAAUCAAGAUUUCUCGGAAUUAAUCAAGAGGAAAAUCUAUCAAUUAAUGGUAUAUGUAAUGGUGAAGGUUCUUUAUCAUCCAUACUGUCUGUUCCAAAUGGUCCUACUUCUUAUCAUCCUCCAGCUAAAGGCUAUAAAUGUAAAAUUUGUCAGCAUGUAUGUUUUUCACGUCAUGAUUUAUCGGCUCAUAAUGCUGCCACACAUAAACAAGAUCCUCGACCAUAUCGAUGUGAACAAUGCGGUAGACAAUUUUCAACAUGUGCCUAUCUAUCACAGCAUAGACGUAUUCAUACAGGUGUGAAACCAUAUGCAUGUCGUUAUUGUGAUCGUCGUUUUACUCAAUUAAGUCAUGUACAACAACAUGAGAGAAUACAUACAGGUGAAAAACCAUAUCGUUGCACAACAUGUAUGAAAAGUUUUACACAAAUGUCUAAUCUACAAUCACAUCAACGUCAACAUAUGAAAGGUAAACCAUAUCGUUGUGAACAAUGUUUCAUGUCAUUUGAUACAAAAGAAGAAUUAGAUGUUCAUGUACAAGCAAAGCAUUCGGGUAACCGAUAUGCGAAGGUAUUAGUCUGUCCAAUAUGCACGAAAAAUUAUAAUUCAGAGACAUAUUUAGCAAAACAUGUGGAUCGUCAUAAAGAGGCUGCUGCUACAGCUGGUAUUGAUGGAAAUGGUUCAAACAAUAAUAAUAAUAGUAGAAGCAAUAACCAUCACAGCCGUAGUCAUAACAAUAAUAAUAAUAAUAACAAUAAUAAUAAUAAUAAUUUACGAAAUUCAACGUGUGUCGAUAAUCUGUUCGCUGCUGGUUUCCAUAAUCAUUCAGUUGCAAUGGCUGCUGCUGCUGCAUCAGCACUGAGUCGAGGAAAUGUGAUUGAUUCAAGUUCAGGUUCUCAUAUUACUGGUAGCCGUCAUUCACAUGGGGGUGGAAGUGGGAGUGGUAGUAGUAGUGCUAUUCAUGCACAUGGUUCACAUCCUUCUGCCGCUGCUGCUGCUGCUUCGGCGGCUGCGGCAGCUGCUGUUGCCGCAGCUCAUGCACAUCAAGAUUUACAUUUACGUGCUGUAGCAGCUGCUGCUGCAGCCAGUGGUAAUGGAAUGGUUGGAAUUGGUGUCGGUAAUCGUGGUAAUGGUGGUGGUGGUGGUGAUAUUGAGAAUUCUUGCGCUUUUUUUAAUCCAACAGCCAUGUGUUCCAGCGAGACACGGGUGACUAGUCCUAAUGAAUGUGAUUUAUUGCAUAAUAAAUUAAAUUAUAGUCCAAUGUCAAAUGCUGGAUUAUUUCAGCAUUUACCAGUAGGAGGAGUACAUGGCUCAAAUGUUGAACAUUUAACUGCUGCAGCAGUAGCUCAACAACAAUGUAUUGCAUCUCAUCGUCAUCAAACAGGAACACACUUUACUACAGAUGAUAAUCAACAUAUAAAUUCUUUUAAUCAUUCAAAUGUCAUGAAUAAUAUAUCACCAAAUCAUCAUUCACAAUCUCAACAACAAUAUAAUCAUCAUCAUAAUCAUCCACAACACCACCAACAACAACAACAUCAACAACAUAUUCAUUCGAAUCAACGUAAUAUUCAUUCAUCAUCAUCGUCAUCAUCCUCAUCCUCAUCAUCUAAACGACAGUCUGAUAUGAAAUCAUCCUCAUCACCACAAUCGAAUCAUUGUUAUACUGGAUCACCAGUAACAAAUGAUUCACAAACACAACAACAACAACAACAACAUUUACUCAAUCUAACACGACAACAUUUAACAACUUCAAAACGUCUUUGUUCUCCAUCAGUUGAAUCAUCAACAGUUGUAGCAUCAUCAGUGGAUCGAUAUAUUUCAACUCCGACCACUUCAACAUCAACAACAAUCACAUCAGCAACUAAUGCUUCUACUACCACUACUUCUACUAUUCAACAAAAUUCACAUAUUCAAGCAUCAUUAUAUAAAUCGCAUAGUAUCGGUCCUGGUACUACUAAUAGUGGUAGUAAUAGUAGUAUAAACAGUAAUGAUGAUACUAUUCAUAUGAAACAUUCACAUAAUAAUGAAUCAAUGUCACAACUUCCACCACCACCAGCUCAUCAACAUUGUUUACAAUCAAGUCAACUUAAUCAUUUAACUGGAUCUAACACAUUCAUAGGGAUUGAUAGUAAUAAUAAUAAUAGUAAUAAUAAUAAUAAUAAUAAUAGUGACAAGUUAUCGGAAAUAUCAAAUUCUACUACAAGUAAUCAUUCACAACAUCAUCAUCAUCAUCAUCAUCAUCAACAUCAUCAUCCACAACAACAACAACAACAACAACAACAACAAAUUCGUUUAACACAUACUCAUUCCAAUCAAACAUUUUUACAUAAUUCUGUAAAUAAUAAUUAUUCAUCAGCACCAACAUCACCACAUUUGGUAAAUUCAACAACUGGUGAUUUAUCAUCAACAUCAGAUAAUAUGUCAACAUUUGAAGAAUUUAAUCAAAAUUUAAUAAAAUCAAAUCAUGAAGAUUGUAAUAAUAAAUGGCUUAAUAAUGAUAGAAUAAGAGAUGAAAUGAAUAAUAUGAUAACUAGGACUACAACGACUACAACUAACACGACCACUGUCAACAACAACAACAACAACAACGCUAAUUAUUGUGAUAAUGAUGAUAUGGAACAGCAAAUGAAUGAAGAUAAUCAUGAAUCAAUCAUUAAUGUACUUAAUGAUGAUAUUGUUGACACAUCAACUAAUAAUGAUAAUCAUGAUAAUAAUGAAAAUCAUAAAGAUGAUAUAACUACAUCUAAUUUGAUGUAUGAUUUUCUAUUUCAUGGAAAUUCAAAUAUUGACGAUGAUAAUGAACAAGAUGAAACAAUUCAUAAAUCAAAUCAUCCUAUAGAAAGUAUUGAUAAUAAUCAUCAUGAAAGGGAAGAUGAACAACAAACUAAUGAUGUGAUUAAUUGUACUGUGAAUUCUGAAAAUCAUUUGGAUAAUAAUAUUGAAAAAAGUUCUAUUGAUGUUAAAGAAUCUUCAUUUAAUGGAUAUCAAAUCGGUCAAUCAUUAUCUUCGUCGGCAGUAGCAACAACAACAACAACAACAACAGGAUCAAUAUCAUCAUCGCAAAUGUUAGCACAAAGAUCAACGGAAACAAUAGCAAACAAAUCAUGUAAUGGUAACCUUCUUAAUGGGACAUCGUCUUCAUUAUCGUCAUCAUCAUCAUCAUCAUCAUCAUCAUCAUCACCAACUGAUGAUAAUAUGAAUUCAUUGAAUUUAAAACAUGAACAGUAUAAUUGUCAAUUAACUGUUAACAAUAAUGAAUUUAAUCUAAUCGAUAAUCAAUCUAUGUUAAAUCUUCAACAAAUCAAUGAAAUCAAUGAUCAAUGUAUGAUAUCUUCUGAUAAUAAUAGUAAUAAUAAUAAUAAUAAGGACGAGAAUUUAACUAAUUCACAUUAUAAUAAAAACAACAAUCUUGACGAAAUGAAUUAUGAAAAUGUACAUUUGAAUAAUAAGAUUGAUAAAACACUACUAAUCAAUCAUCGUUCAUUGAAACGUAGUAAUAGUAGUAGUUCAACAUCAAAUGACACUUCUCAUCAUCAUAAUAUCGACAAUGGUGAUGAUGUUGAUGAUGAUGAUGAUGAUGAUGAAGGUGAUGCAUUUUCGAACUCAUCAUCAAACUAUCAUAAGCAUCAUAGCAAACUUAUGAAUAAAGAAAAGAAUAAAAUCAAUUGUUUAUCAUCAGUAACGGAAUGUGAUAUUGAUGGAAUGGAUGAUAUUGUUGACGGUGAUAUUGAUGAAUGCGCCCAUGUUGAUAUUCAUCAAACAAAUUCUAAUGUAAAUAAAAUUCAUUCUAAUGAUCAUAAUAAUAUUGAUUGUAAAAUUGAUAAUCAUUCAGAGAUAAAAUAUCAUUUAAAAUCAUCGGAAUUCAAUGAUCAAACUCCAUUUUAUUUAAGUGAUAAAAAUCAACAAGAAGAAAAUCAAGGUCAAAAUUCAACAAUCAUAGAAAAACAACAUUCAGAAACAAUGAAUUCUAGUAAACGAAGACGUCGACAUCAGUAUACACCACAACAUUUACCAAUGUUUGAAUUAAAUACAAAAGAUACAAUAGAAAAACGUAAAAAUAACACUACUCACAGUAAUACUACUAUUUACAAUAAUAUCAAUAAUAAUAAUAAUAAAAAUACACAUUCUACAACAACAAAUCGUCGUAGUAAAAAUAAUCAUACUACUACCAUAUUGGAAAAUGGAGAAAGUAAAUGUUUAAACAAUGGGAAAUUCACUGAUAAAUCUAAUUUAAUCAAUAAUAAUGAAAUUAUUUCAUCAGAGGAUAAUUUACGAAAGGAUAAUGAUAACAAUAAUAAUAAUAAUAAUAAUAAUGAAAAUAAUUCUGAUAAUAAUGAAUGUUUAUUUCCUACUUUCUAA